AGACGCGCCGCGCCGCUUGCAGCUGUGCUGUCAUUUUUCUUUCGUGUUUUGCAAUUUCGAAUUAAUUUCAUCAAAAUAAAACUAAACAGAAUGCAAGUAAAUAGUGAUUAAAAUGGACCAACAAUUCUCAUUGUCGUGGAACAAUUUUCACGGUAAUCUGAGUAAAGGAUUUGCCGGUUUACUUGGUAAAGGAGAAUUUGUUGACGUGACCAUUGCUGUGGAAGGGCAUCUAUUACAGGCGCACAAAGUUAUUCUAUCAAUAUGUUCGCCAUACUUCAAGAAAAUGUUCCAGUUGAAUCCGUGUCAACAUCCAAUUGUUGUGCUAAGGGACGUUACACACAAAGCCAUGAAAGAUUUGCUCCAGUUUAUGUACCAUGGUGAAGUGAGUGUCAAGCGUGAGGAUCUCAAUAGUUUUAUAAGUACUGCUGAAGUAUUGCAAAUCAAAGGAUUGACAAACAAAGAGACUGAUGAAGAUGACAGUGAGAAAGAACAGGAUCUUUCAAAACAUGUCACAGAAAAUAAUACUCCAGACGCAGAAUCAUGUGUGUCAGACACAUAUGAAAAUACUGUGACUGAAGAAGCACAAAGCAAUGAGUUAGAAAUACUCAAACACAGGCAAUUUAUUGAAAAGUUACAGAGGCUUAGCAAUCUGAAACGAAAAUCUGAUGAAUUUUUACAUAAGACAUAUUAUUCAGAUAUAAUGAAUCCUGAAAAGAGGGUGAAAACAAAAGAGAAAAUAACAUACAAAAAUCAUAUGUCACAAAAUAGUUAUGAAAAUAUGAAAAACCUCUACGAAGACAAACCAGUUGAUAUAUCAUCAUCACACAAUACACAAGUUCAGAAUUCUGGCAACACAGAAAAAGAAACUAAUGAUAAAAAUAUUUCAUCACCAGAAACUGCUUUAGAAUUAAAAACUGAAUUUGAUGAUAUGGAUAUUAUUGUAACAGAUCCGGCUGUUUGCACAACCCAUAAGAAUUAUGAGAAGUCAAGAGAUGGGCAAAAAGAAGCUGCACUGCCUUUAGAGUACCAGUCUCCACAAGAUAAUUGCACCAGCCUAAACUCAUUAUUCAUCGACCUUAAAAACUUAGUGAAUGGUAAGGUGACUAACAACAUGUUCAGAACUAACACAAAUGAAGAAUUCCCAAGGCAGUCGAUGGAACACAGAUUGGUAACAAUACCUCAAAAAGAAGAUGGAAAGAAAAAAUAUCCUCAGCGCUCAUGUCGAUUAUGCUGGAAAAUAGGAAAAAGACGAGACACACGGUUCAUGUGCAAUGCAUGUGAAUUACCUUUUUGUAAAUCACCGUGUUUUGAGAUUCAUUUCAAUGAUGUACUCAAAGUAUCUCAGUUGCAAGGGGAUUACUAUGCAACAUAAAUUUAGGCUUACCCUAAAAUAUUUUUUACAUACUUAUAGCUAGUAACAUAAGGAGGAUAUAUUUUUGAUAUAAAAAUAAUAAGAGCUAGUAACUGAAAGAGAACAUGAACAAAACAUGUGAAUCAAAGAUUCCACUGUUUGGGACCAAAUUAUAGAAGGAUCAAAAUUUUAUACUUUAUGAUAGAUAUUCAAAAGGCACUUUUUGAAGAUAAAAUUAUUAAUCUUGUUAUUAAACAUUAAAUACGUAUAAUAUAUUUAAGAACAUCAUAAGCACAAUAAUUUAAGUAAUCAACUGUGAUAGUGGAAUUCUACUCUGAAGUGCCAAUAUGAAAUACCUUUAUGACAAGGCUAUAAGAAACAUUUUCCCUUUGGUCAGUGCCAUGAAGUUUUACCAUAAUUUUAAUAUGAAGACUUUUAUUGCUCAUAUUCUAGUCUAUUUAUUAUUUUAGUAUAAGAUAUUUUCGGACAAUGCUUUGAGUAAACAUAGUUUUUAAAAGCCUAAUAAGAUUUUAAAAAUCAACAAAAUACGGAUUAUUGCUUGAAACUGUUUCACACGUAAAUAUUCUAACUUUUAGUAACCAGUUUUGGUUAUGUACACCCAAGCACAAUUUUUUUUUGUUUGGCAUAAAAUUAAUAAAGAAAAGACUAUAAUUGUACAUAGAAUUUACGUUUUUACAUUUUUGAUAAUCUUAAAAAUGAUCUCUUUCUGAGCUAUUUUUAAUUUAAUAUUAUUUAAACAAAUUGAGAUUACAUUCCUAAAUUUAAUUUAAUUUGGCUGUUUAAAUUCCCAAACAAAUGGGGUAAUUUUAAAUAUAAAAAUUGGUAAAUUUUAAAAAUUGUGUAUUGAAUUAUAUUUUAUUAUGCUUUGUGUGAUGUUGAAUAGUGUGGCUUUGUUUGUUUUUAAGUGAAUGUAUUUUUGUAUCCAUAUUUAAUAA